GGGUGUGGUUAAGAUGGCCGAUUCCGAUGAAAUAGCUGCUCUCGUGAUUGACAAUGGUUCUGGGAUGUGCAAGGCAGGAUUUGGAGGAGAUGAUGCCCCACGAUCCGUGUUUCCAUCUAUAAUUGGGAGACCCCGGCAUCAGGGCGUGAUGAUUGGGAUGGGACAGAAAGACAGCUAUGUUGGAGAGGAAGCGCAAUCCAAACGAGGAAUCCUGACCCUUAAAUACCCCAUUGAGCAUGGCAUCGUCACAAACUGGGACGACAUGGAGAAGGUGUGGCAUCACACUUUCUAUAAUGAGUUAAGGGUGGCGCCAGAGGAGCAUCCCGUCCUUCUGACCGAAGCCCCAAUGAAUCCAAAGGCAAACCGAGAAAAGAUGCUACAGAUCAUGUUCGAAACCUUCAACACACCAGCCUUUUAUGUGGCAAUUCAAGCAGUCUUAUCGCUGUACGCUUCCGGUAGGACGACUGGAAUCGUUCUAGAUUCGGGUGAUGGAGUCACCCAUACGGUGCCAAUCUACGAGGGAUACGCCCUUCCUCAUGCGAUAACCAGACUUGACCUAGCGGGGCGGGAUUUGACCGACUAUAUGAUGAAGAUAAUGACAGAGAGAGGUUAUUCAUUUACUACAACCGCUGAAAGGGAAAUUGUCCGGGAUGUCAAAGAGAGGCUUUGCUACGUGGCUUUGGACUUUGAUGAUGACAUGACUAAAGCGGCUACAAGUUCCCUCCUUGAAAAAAACUACGAACUUCCAGAUGGUCAGGUCAUCACCAUUGGCAACGAGCGCUUUCGAUGUCCAGAAGCAUUGUUCCAGCCAUCUUUUGUUGGCAUGGAAAUGACGGGCAUCCAUGAGGCGACUUACGACUCAAUCAUGAAAUGUGAUGUCGAUAUAAGGAAAGAUCUUUACUCUAACAUCGUUCUUUCGGGGGGAACAACAAUGUUCCCUGGAAUCGGGGAUCGGAUGAGUCAAGAGAUUGCUAGCCUUGCUCCACCAAACAUCAAGGUCAAGGUCGUGGCACCACCAGAGCGCAAAUAUUCCGUUUGGAUUGGUGGGUCAAUAUUGGCUUCUUUAUCCACUUUCCAACAGAUGUGGAUCAGCAAACAGGAGUAUGACGAAAGCGGGCCUGGUAUCGUGCACAGAAAAUGUUUUUAAGACGUGAAAAGAAUGCAACUGUAAUCACAUCAUAAUUUGAUGCAAUGCAUAAAAUGCAAAUAUCUUUUCAUUUUC